GAUUCGUUGGCAAAGGAGUUGGCUUCGCCGAUCGCGAAUACCUCGUUUGGUAUAUACUUUUUGUUAUAUUUGUGCCGUACGCAAUGUUGCCGCUGCCGCUGAAGUGGUGCGUCGUUGGUGGCACCAUAACAGCCAGCUGUCAUCUGGCCGUAAUUACAAUAAUUAAAUUACAGAACCAGGAAAAAUCGAACUGCAUUUUAUUUCAAAUAUUUGCCAACUUUAUGCUUUAUACGGCAAUAAACGUAGCUGGGAUGUACACCAAGUAUUUAACCGACAGAGGUCAACGCUUGGCAUUUAUUGAGACGCACAAAGCCAUGGAACAUAAAAAGGAAUCAGAGAAGGAACUACAAAGGACACAAAAACUUUUGGACUCAAUUCUGCCCAACAUUGUCAACAACCAGAUUCGCACGGAAAUGUACAAAGGCACCGAUCCGAUGGUGGAGACACAAUUCAAUAAACUCUACGUGUACCCGAUGCACAACGUCAGUAUUCUGUUCGCGGACAUCAAGGGUUUCACGGAAUUGGCCAGCAAAACAUCAGCACAGCAACUCGUGAAAAUCCUGAAUGACCUUUUUGCUCGCUUCGAUAGAAUCGCAGAGGAUAAUCACUGUUUACGGGUUAAAUUGCUGGGCGAUUGUUAUUAUUGCGUGUCCCAAUUCGAGAGCGAUAACUGGAAAACACGUCCGGAUCAUGCAGUUUGCAGUGUCGAGACAGGACUUCACAUGAUAAGAGCUAUUAAAGAUGUCAGACUGCACACGCAUGUCGAUUUAAAUAUGCGCAUUGGCAUCCAUAGCGGUUCGGUUAUGUGCGGCGUUUUGGGUAACAAAAAAUGGCAUUUUGAUGUUUGGUCAAAUGACGUUAUAAUUGCCAAUCACAUGGAAUCCGGUGGAAUACCAGGGCGUGUGCACAUUUCGGAAGCAACACUUAAAUGUCUAAAUGACGCCUACGAAGUGGAACCAGGCAACGGCGGCAGCCGGGACAAUCAUCUCAAAAUGCUGAACAUCAAAACGUUCCUCAUCAAACGCACUGAACCAUUGAGACCCAAACGUCGUUUUGGCACGCGUAGCAGUCAGCAUCUUGCGACUACCAAUACUAGCGCUAGCACACCAACGGCCGCAAUUCCUAAUUCCAACAUGGCAAACAUUUUUAACAAAUCAAAUUCCACAACUGGUGUACUUGUGGAGCAGCCACUUCCUGCGCUGCAUCCACUUCCUCCGCAUCCGCCGCUUGCUGUGGUCAAAAAGAAAAACAUUUCAUUAAACUCGCUACCAAAUGUGGUUGAGGGUGUCGCCUUGGGUUCGAAUAUGCCUUCGCCAACGGCCGCGUCAUUGCCCAUGGAACAUCAAUCGAAAUCGAAUGGUGCCAGUGUGCACAAUUUGGCGGACACGAUAGAUAGUAAAACAAUUAUCACAGAGGAUGAACCGACUACGGAGUGGAUACCGGAAAUUCCAUUUAAAAACUUGAACUCACCGGAAGAAGGACUGAACCGUACUGAUUCCAUGUUAGGAGAUGUAAAACAGGAUCAUCGUAUAUCUGUCACUGGAUUGGAUGAAGAG